AUGAUAAGGGCAGGAGGAAUGUGGUGGCGUAAACUAUGCGUGCCAGCUAGAGUGGUAGGUGUAAACAGACCAGUUCCAAAGGUGGGGAACCCAGUUUCUGUGUUUUCGCAGCGGUUUUUAAGUGCGGGUGCGAUACGCUUUCACGGCCAUUUGACGAAACCGAAAAAAGGCGAAGAAUUGCACGUCACGUUCAUUUUGAAAGACGGUACGCAGAAAACGUACGAAGUCGCCGCUGGGGACUCGCUACUGGAUAUUGCCCAGGCACACAAUUUGGACAUGGAGGGCGCAUGCGGUGGAUCAUGUGCAUGCUCAACGUGUCACGUGAUCGUCGAUCCCGAUUAUUACGAUGCACUCGAAGAACCUGACGACGAUGAGAACGAUAUGUUGGACCUAGCUUACGGGCUUACGGAGACUAGUAGGCUCGGUUGCCAGAUCAAGAUGAGCAAAGCGAUCGACGGGAUUCGCGUCGCCCUGCCGGCUAUGACCCGUAACGUCAGCAACAAGGAUUUUGACUAG